AUGGACGCCAUUCCUCAGUCGCUCUCGGCAGAGACCUCGAAUUCACAAGCUACUUCAACCACAAUAGGCUUACACUCGCCUUCAAUUAUCUCUCCUCUUUCCAGCAGCAACCGGUCGGCCAGUGUGCAGCCGUCUUCACUCCAAGAGAGUACUGUCGCCAAUCCUCGGCAGGCAUCAAGUGCUGGUCCGUCAUCAGCGAAUCACUCUGGUCUGGAAUCCGCCUUGGAAGGCCUUCAAGUCACCGGACAGUCGCGAACUGUUCAAGCCAACCGUUCUAGUAGAUGCCCGAACCUUGAGGCCGAGCUGGAGGCCAACGGAUUCGUCGUCUUGGAUCCCCACGAGGGCGAGGGAGUACGGCGACACUAUAACCCUGAUGAAGACGAAGUUGAUUCUAAUGAUGGCGACGUGGUAUCGGAGGAUGGCUUGGAGCUCGACAGCGACGUUGGGUCUGGUUCUGACGAGCCCUUCAACAACAGCGAGGACAACGCUGAAGUUGGCGAUGAAGUGAAUGAAGAAGAAGAAGACGACGACGCAGAAAGUGAAUCUGGCAGCGAAGGAGACGGGUACGACGACAUAUCAGGUGCAAACGACAACGAUGAAGAACUCAACUCAUCUCAGCCUCCCGUCGAUCUCGACCGUAUUGGCUGCAGCAAUGAGUGUCGAAAGGACUUCCGCCAGAGUGUCAAGUUCUAUGACAAGCAAGUUGAAGCACUUGAAGACAGGCUUCGGGCUCUUACAAUCACGAAUAAUGAGCUGAGAACCGAGGUUGGCAAGGCGAAUCGACAGAUUGAGAAAUUGAAGAAGGAACGAGUUACCGGGAAGAGAACCAAGAUAACAUGGCAUAAAGAACUUCGUCUGUUCAUGACCAAUCCCAACCACCGCAAAGCCAUGAAAUACGAUAAAAUAUACAAGCUUUGUUGCAAGGAAGAGAACAUGAGCUCCAAACGCGAAAAUGUCCAUCCAAACUUGCGACUUCGAGACCCUACAACCAAGGAACUUCGGGCAGAUGCACUAGACGGCCUCUUAGUUAAUGACGCAGAGAACCACUCUGACUCCGAGCCAGACAACGAGGACAUAGAAACGGCAGAAAAGAAGCGUGACGGACCCGAGGCGUUGUUCGUACAGGAUGACGAACAGACGGAAGCUGCGGAACCGCAGACGCAAUCGGUACUCGGUAACUUCCCAUUCGCGCAGUUGCCUGCAAAUAUCCAAGCCAAUGUCCUCAAAUGGAUCUUUAUUCAGGAGAACAGACUAAUUCACUGCAUCAGCCGUCUCGAUCCGUACAUGCCCCCCAAAAAGCCUACUCAGACCAACGCCAACAGAAGCGGCUUGCUUCAUCGCUUCCACCUUUCCGGUACACCAUGCAACGUCACUUAUGCCAUCAAUCCCAAUGACCACCUUGCCCUUCUUUCUGUCUGCAAGCAAUGGCACUACCUUGGUGUUCAUGCCUUCUACGGUCUCAACACAUUUGCCUUCUCGAGUCUGGGCGAGUUUGGUCGCUUCUGCACUGGCAUUGGAGCUGCGCGCCGAGAGCGGAUCCAGCAUGUUGAGCUUCUCUGGAUGGGAAACCAGUAUCUCACAAACAGACCAGUGCAGGAAGGCAAUGACAAAAAGAAUCUCAAAUGGGUUUCCAAAAGAACUUGGGAUGUUUCUUGGCUCUGUCAGAUGCGUCGUCUGAAGAGUCUGGUUGUCCACGUCGACGAGAGUAGCAGAGAUUACAACAGACGUGGGCACGAGCCGUGCAGCUACAUCAAGCACAUGGCAUCGUUGACCGCUGGUCAGCCCAACUUCCGUCUAACGAGAUCGCUUCGAACACUCCAGGGUUUGGAUUUCAUUCACCAGCUUCGGGGAAUGGAGUUCAUUCAGUUCUACGACUAUGAAAUGGCUCGCAAAGACGGAGGCCGUCAUCCCAUCCGUGACUGGUCCUUCGGCAUGGAUGUUGAGAACGUGACGGCUAUGCCAAAGACCGGUAAUCAGGCUGAGGCGGCAAAGUUCGAGAACUUGACACCAGUCCUUCGUAAUUUUGUGGCACCGGACGAGUAUCUGAAGGCGGUCAAGAGUCUCUACAGACACAGUGAAGCGUUCGACGCGAAGUACGUCUCGCCAGCGAUCUGUGAGGAGGAUGAAGAUGGCGAUAUUAAGAUGUCAGACAUUACGAGCUCCACGCAGAAACGCAAGGCGACGACAGCCCGGAAGGCAGCUAGUGUUGAACACUCUGAGGGUGGUAGGAAGACUGCUCCCAUGAGGAAACCACCUGCCGCCAUUGAAGUGCGAGACGACAGUGAGGAAGAUGGCUCCAGUUCCGAGAAUAACGAUACCACCCCAAGAGCGACUGUGCUCAACGCCCGCUCUGUAUCGGCCUACUCGAAUGCUUCCAUUGUUACAGAAGCCAACGUAGCGAAUGACUACGACAAUGAGGGUUCCUUAGUGGGGUCAAACGCAGACAGUCCCAUUGAGCUGGACUUCUUCGAGCCUAAAAAGACUCCACGACUGACCAAGCUCCAGCACGAACGGGAUAUAGAGCGCGAGCUGUCUGUAGCAGUGUCCGUGGUCACGGUUUCGUCCAGGGAGAGCGAGAGGUCGUUUGACAGCGGCAAUGGCCUAUUCGUUCGCUCGCCAACAACAACAGAACGCUGUAGUCAGCGCGAGCACACCACGAUGACAGAAACGCUUCGAAAGAGGGGGUUUGAGGAUUUAGAUAUCCGCAACGCCAUCGACCUGACCGAAGCUGACGAUAAGACUGCGACGUCAUAUCCAAGCUCUUCUCAGUCCAGUUCCUCUCGCCAAAUGGUUUCUCAACCUGUCUAUCCACACAUCACCUCCGGUUCUAACAGGCAACGUCUCGCCAGCGACGAAGAUGAUUUAGUCUUCAAGCGACUACGAAGACGAUAG